CCCCACCCCUCGGGCUCCACGGUACCGCAUUGGCAUCAGUGAAGGCACCUGAGCACCAGCUUCCAUCUCGCCUGGAAAAGGAUCUCACAAGGCCCCCCCUAAAGCGCAUCCGGAGUGAGGGGAUUUUUAUUUUUUGGGUUGUGUGUGUGUGUGUGCGUGUGUGUCCAGCAUCAGAGCUCAGCGGGGGGGAAGAGAAGAAAAGAGGAGAGAAGAGGAGAGGAGCGCGCGAAGAUGCAGACGCGGAGCAGCGAAGUCUGAAGGUGAAAUGAACCUGAGGAGACGCGCACUGAGAAAGAAGUGGAGAUAGCAACAAAAACCGACAGUGUCUUAUUCCUUCAAAGCUUUUUUUUUUCUAAUUAUUAUUUCUACAAAAAGCGCGCACCCAAAGUCGCCUCUUUUUUUUUUUUUUCUUUUUUUUUUAGUAAGUUGCGCAAACAUGGCGACCCUAAUCAGGAGCAAGCUGUCCAACAAGCUGUCCAACGCAGCCACCACCGUCACCAACAAAUCGCAGGCCAAAGUCAGCGGCAUGUUCGCCAGGAUGGGCUUCCAGGCCGCCACGGACGAGGAGGCGCUGGGCUUCGCCGCCUGCGACGACCUCGACUACGACCACCGGCAGGGCAUGCAGAUGGACGUGCUGGCCGCCGAUGACAAGCCCGGGGAGGGCGAGGGCGACGGGCUGGAGGGCGACAGCCACUACCAGAGGCAGGGCACCGGGCCGGCGCGCUCCGUCUCCAAGGACGGGGAUCCGGCGAGCGAACUGGCGGAGGUCAGACCCAAAAUCACCGCAUGGGAAGCGGGGUGGAACGUCACCAACGCCAUCCAGGGGAUGUUCGUCCUGGGGCUGCCCUACGCCAUUCUCCACGGGGGCUACCUCGGACUCUUUCUCAUCAUUUUUGCUGCCGUGGUGUGCUGCUACACGGGGAAAAUCCUCAUCUCCUGCCUGUACGAGGAGGACGAGGACGGGCGGCUGGUGCGAGUGCGGGACUCCUACGUGGACAUUGCCAACGCCUGUUGUGCGCCCCGGUUCCCCACGCUGGGGGGCCACAUCGUGAAUGUAGCCCAGAUCAUCGAGCUGGUGAUGACGUGCAUCCUGUACGUGGUCGUCAGCGGCAACCUGAUGUACAACAGCUUCCCCAACAUGCCCAUCUCGCAGAAGUCCUGGGCCAUCAUCGCCACCGCCGCUCUGCUGCCCUGCGCGUUCCUCAAGAACCUCAAGGCCGUGUCCAAGUUCAGCCUCCUCUGCACCUUGGCCCACUUCGUCAUCAACGUGCUGGUCAUCGCCUACUGCCUGUCUAGGGCGCGGGUGUGGGCCUGGGACAAGGUCAAGUUCUACAUUGACGUUAAGAAGUUCCCCAUCUCCAUCGGCAUCAUCGUGUUCAGCUACACGUCGCAGAUCUUCCUUCCGUCGCUGGAGGGCAACAUGCAGAAGCCCAGUGAGUUCCACUGCAUGAUGAACUGGACGCACAUCGCGGCCUGCAUCCUCAAGGGCCUGUUCGCCCUGGUGGCCUACCUGACCUGGGCCGACGCCACCAAGGAGGUCAUUACGGACAACCUGCCGCCAGGCAUCCGCGCCGUGGUCAACCUCUUCCUGGUGUCCAAAGCCUUGCUUUCCUACCCGCUGCCCUUUUUUGCCGCCGUGGAGGUCCUGGAAAAGAGCUUCUUCCAAGAAGGGGGUCGCACCUUCUUCCCGGACUGCUACGGCGGCGACGGCCGCUUGAAAUCCUGGGGACUGACGCUGCGCUGCAGCCUGGUGGUCUUCACGCUGCUCAUGGCCGUUUUCGUGCCACACUUUGCCCUGCUCAUGGGUCUCACAGGCAGCCUGACGGGGGCGGGCCUGUGCUUCCUGCUGCCCAGCCUCUUCCACCUCAAGCUGCUGUGGAGGAAGCUCCAGUGGCACCAGGUCUUCUUCGACGUGGCCAUCUUCGUCAUCGGCGGUAUAUGCAGCAUUUCCGGCUUCAUCCACUCCACGGAGGGGCUCAUCGAGGCUUUCAGAGACAACAUAGAGGAAUAGGGAACGCUCCUCCCAAUCCCGACAUCGGCUGGCCCUCUUCAGUUCAUGCGUCAAAAGUGUGUGCGUGCUUGCAACCAUACCGCUUUAGGGAAUUCGCACGCAGCCGCAAAGUCACGAUGAGGUGCAACCGCGCACGCUAAACGUUUAGGGUCGUCUUUCACUUGUUGGUGGGUGUGUACGUCGGAGAGAGAGGCCUUGCAUUAACAUGUCAAAGUAUUCAAACACAGGAUGUGAUAUUCACCAAGCCAAAUGGACAUUUUGUGCAAAGGUAUGGCUUUACCUUAAUCUGGUCAAACAUAGACAAUAUUCCGCUGGCCACCCAUCCGAAUGAUCAGAAUCAGGUGUCCUAAUCACUUGGCCCGGCCACAGGUGUAUAAAAUCAAGUACUUACACUGCAAAAAGUCAGUGUUCAAAAAAUACAAAAGUGAUGGGUAUUUUAUUCGAACUAAGUAAAAUGAUCGCCAAUAGAACAGUGGUUCUUAACCUGGGUUUGAUCGAACCCUAAGGGUUCAGUGAGUCGGCCUCAGGGGUUCGGCGGAGGUCAAAACACACCCGACUUAUUGUGUAAAUACAAACUUCUCCCUAUUGGCGUAUUACGAAUACGGCAACAGCUGACUGAAGUGCAGGUGUGUAAUUUGUUUUGAGGUUACGCACCGUGUUGGUUUUGUUGUUUGAACAAGGUGAUGUUCAUGCACGGUUCAUUUUGUGCACCGGUAAUAAAAAAAACCUGGUAACACUUUAGUAUGGGGAACAUAUUCACCAUUAGUUAGUUCCUUAUUAACAUGCAAAUUAGUAACAUUUUGGCUCUAGUCAUUAUUAAGUACUUUUUAAUGCCUUAUUCGGCAUGUCCUUAUUAUAACCCUGACCCUAACCCUAACCAAAUAACUCUUAAUUAAGUCUUCAUUACUUAGAAAUAUGUUCCUCUAGUGUCCAAAUAAAUCUAAAUUAAGUCUGUGUUACUUAAAAUAUGUUCCCCUAACGAAAUUGUUACCAAAAACAUAUAACUUUGUCUUGAAUUCAAAAAAAGUUUAUUUUUUUAUUUUUCACUAAAGAAGGGUUCGGUGAAUGCGCAUAUAAAACUGGUGGGGUUCGGUACCUCCAACAAGGUUAAGAACCACUGCAAUAGAACAAGAAUAUUCGGCUUGUCAAGACUUUCCAAAACAAGUAUGUGGAGGUUGCCCUCCAGGGGGUUCUUCGGACCACCAAUCAACAUCAUGAGAGCCCAGAUCAGGAUUACAAUACAGUUUCUAUUUUUCUCUGUGCAGCGGGUUGCUUUCCAGCAAUUGUCUUUUUUGUCCGUCACGCUCUCGCUCUCACUCCAGCUCCCACACCGUCUCUCUUCCAGGUUAAAGUUGAAGUACCAAUGAUUGUCACACACAUACUGGAUGUGGCGAAAUUAUUCUCUGCAUUUGACCCAUCACCCUUGAUCACCCUUGAGCAGUGGGCAGCAGUGCCGCGCCUGGGAAUCAUUUAUGGUGAUAUAACCCCCAAUUCCAACCCUUAAUGCUGAGUGCCAAGUCCCAUUUUCAUAGUCUUUGAUCUGACUCGGCCGGGAUUUGAACUCACAACCUACCGAUCUCAGGGCGGACACUCUAACCACUAGGCCACUGAGUAGGUUGCUGCUUAUACAGAGCGACAGGUGAUUAGAUAACAAGGCACAGGUGGGCCAUCUACGCACCCGUCGCUGACUUCGAGGCCGGUCCUGGUACACCCCGCUUUGCUGCGGGCCCGCAGGCCACGCCCCCCUCAACAAAGUAAAAGUAGCUAACCUCAAUGAACCCCAAAAUACCUUAAAAUAAGUAUAUUCUCACUAAUAACAAGUGUACUUUUCUUGGUAGAAAAAAAUAACACCUUUCUGCUCAAUAUGUUGAAAAAUAUUCCUAAAUUAAAUAAAUGCUAGUGCCAUUAUUUUGACAUAAUGAUAUGCGCUUGGCAUCAUGAUUUUUUUUUUUAAAUGCUUGAAGUAACAAAUUACAUUAAAAAAGUAGUUUUAUACUUGUGAAUGUUGAUGACACAGGUUUGCAACAAUUGAUAUUCUAGUUUCAAGCAUGUUUUACUCAAUAUAGGUCAUAAAAUCGCAGUUACAAGCUGUAAUAUCUUACUGAGAUCAUUUAGGACCAAAACCCUUAAAACAAGUAAAACCCUGUAACAAAACAUCUGCUUAGUGAGAAAAAUUAUCUUAUCAGACAGAAAAUAAGCAAAUAUCACCCUUAUUUGAGAUUUUUAAUCUUACCUAGAUUUAAUGUUUUUGCAGUGUAGGCUGAAAAACAUCCCCACACCAUAAUUGCUCCAGCACCAAAUUUCACACUCGGCACAAUGCAGUCCGAAAUGUAGCGUUCUCCUGGCAACCUCCAAACCCAGACUGGUCCAUCUGAUUGCCAGAUGGAAAAGCGUGAUUCAUCACUCCACAGAAGGCGUUUCCACUUCUCUAGAGUCCAGUGGCAACGUGCUUCACACCACUGCAUCCCACGCUUUGCAUUGGACUUGGUGAUGAAUGGCUUAGAUGCAGCUGAUCGGCCAUGGAAACCCAUUCCGUGGAGCUCUCUGCGUACUAUACGUGGGCUAAUUGGAAGGUCACAUGAAGUUUGGAGCUCUGUAGCAACUGACUGUGCAGAAACUCUUUAAACUAUGCGUUUCAGCAUCCGUUGACCACUCUCUGUCAGUUUACGUGGCCUACCACUUGGUGGCUGACUUGCUGUUGUUCCCAAACUCUUCACUUUUAUUAUAAUAAAGUUGACUUUGGAAUAUUUAUGAGCGAGGAAAUUUCACAACUGGAUUUGUUGCACAGGUGCAUCUUAAGACAGUUCCACGCUCGAAAUCACUGAGAGCGGCCCAUUCUUUCACAAAUGUUUAUAGAAACUGUCUCCAUUCCUAAGUGCUUGAUUGUAUACACCUGUGGCCGGGGCAAGUGAUUAGGACACCUGAUUCUGAUCAUUCGGAUGGGUGGCCAAAUACUUUUGGCAAUAUAGUGUAGCUAUUAUGAAAGAAUAUACUUAAUUUCUUAAAGAAAACAUGCAAUGAUUCACAAAAUGUCAGCUAAAAUUAGAUGAAUAAAUGAAUAAAAACAGCAGUAGAAACACAUGUCGAUGUAUUUGAAUGGAAAAAAUAACAAUAAUUAAUUCAAACAUAUGAACGAUAUUUUCCUUGGAGAUUGGACCUUAGCAUCUAUUCAAACUAUGCAUUGAAUGUAUGAUAUUUCUCCAGCUCACAAAAAAUUUUGUUGGCGAAUCAUUACAAAUAAUUCAUCAAAUUUGAUUAAGCGUAUUCUUCGUGGUAGGUUGAAAUCAUUUUUAACUUGUUUUUUUGUUUGUUUUUUUAGCUUUGAUUGGCAAAUGGAAUUCAAGUUCAAAGGCAACAUUUGACAUGACAUACAAAACAUGUGGGCCGUCUGACCAUGAAUUCGAUUUUUGGAAACUGUCUUGAAACUUGGUGUGUGAAAAUCUAUCUAAGAUAAAAAAAAGACUAAAUCCAAAAAAAAAAAAAAAAAAGGGAGAGGGGGAUAAUUGUGCAUACGGGCAGUUUUCAUUCUGAUGUGCAAUCAAAAUGGGUGAAGUGGAAAUGUCACUUGGAAAAAAAAACAAUACGUGUAGUGUGUUUAUUGUGGUUUCAAAACAGAUGGAAUGUAUAUCUCAAAGUCGUCAUAACGUGGAAAACUAAUAUUAAAUAAUAAAAAUGAAGUAAAAUUAUAUUGUAAAAAUCAAAUGUGUGUGGUCUUAUGUAACACUAAAAUGUUCAAAACAUGUAUUUUCCCUCCAACUCCUCGGUAAUAAAGGACAGAAAAUGUUGCAAAAACAAGCUUCUUUUCUUGUUGUCCCUUUAAACGCACGUGCCGGACUAACAAUAGCCAGAUGUAGAAAAUGUGCAAUGUUCUUCACGCUUUGUGCUCACAUUAGAAGCAGAGUUUGUGCUCCAAGCAUGCAGAAAAAGACCUUCUGCUCGUACCUGUUCAUCCACACUGUUGUUUCGAACGCAACAUCUG